AUGAGUAUGAAUAUCUUUGGCGACCAGGUUACAGAGGAAAGGGCCGAAAAUGCUCGUAUGUCGUCCUUUGUUGGUGCGAUUGCAGUGGGUGACUUGAUCAAGUCGACUCUGGGCCCUAAAGGUAUGGACAAGCUGUUACAAAGUGCAUCGAGUGACUCUGCAAUGGUAACUAACGACGGUGCGACCAUCUUGAAAGCAAUUCCGUUGGACAAUCCCGCCGCGAAAGUCCUGGUGAAUAUCUCAAAGGUGCAAGACGAUGAGGUCGGUGAUGGUACCACCAGUGUCACGGUGCUGAGCGCCGAAUUGUUGAGGGAGGCAGAGAAGUUGAUUGACCAGUACAAGAUCCAUCCCCAGACCAUCAUAGAAGGUUACAGAAUUGGGUCGAAGGCGGCGUUGGAGGCUCUAGAGAAGGCAGCCAUCGACAACUCGUCAAACCAGAAAGCGUUUUACAAGGACUUGCUACAGAUUGCCAAGACCACUUUGUCCUCGAAGAUUCUAUCUCAAGAUAAGGAACACUUUGCGAAGCUGGCUACCGACGCUAUAUUAAGACUGAAGGGGUCAACCAACUUGGAACAUGUUCAAAUUAUCAAGAUUUUAGGUGGCAAACUGUCCGAUUCCUUCCUGGACGAAGGGUUCAUUUUGGCCAAGAAGUUUGGUAACAAUCAGCCCAAGAAGAUCGAAAAUGCUAAGAUACUCGUAGCGAAUACGUCUUUGGAUACGGAUAAAGUCAAGAUUUUUGGGACAAAAUUCAAAGUGGAUUCGACUAGCAAACUGGCAGACCUUGAGAAGGCCGAGCGCAACAAGAUGAAGGAGAAAAUCAACAAGAUUUCCAAGUUCGGGAUCAACACGUUUGUGAACAGACAGUUGAUCUAUGACUACCCAGAACAGAUGUUCACCGACUUGGGCAUCAACUCCAUCGAACAUGCCGACUUUGAAGGUGUCGAGAGGUUAGCCCUUGUAACUGGUGGUGAAGUGGUCUCCACAUUCGAUGAACCAGAGAAGUGCAAGCUUGGGGAAUGUAAAUUCAUCGAAGAGAUUAUGAUUGGUGAGAGUACGUUUUUAAAAUUUAGCGGCUGUAAAGUUGGUGAAGCGUGUACCAUCGUUCUAAGAGGUGCCACAGACCAGGUUCUUGAUGAAGCCGAGAGAUCCUUGCACGAUGCACUAUCCGUUCUAUCGCAAACAACAAAGGAAACAAGAACGGUCCUAGGUGCCGGCUGCUCCGAGAUGAUCAUGUCUAAAGCUGUCGACACGGAGGCCCAAAAUGUUGACGGGAAGAAGUCGAUGGCUGUCGAGUCCUUCGCACGCGCUUUGAGGCAACUGCCCACCAUCCUGGCCGACAACGCCGGUUACGACAGCAGCGAACUGGUCUCUAAGCUGAGAUCUAGCAUCUACAAUGGUAUUUCUACGUCAGGUCUCGAUCUGAACAACGGUACUAUCGUCGACGUGAGAGAACUGGGCAUUGUCGAAAGUUAUAAACUGAAACGGGCCGUUGUGAGUUCUGCAUCCGAGGCCGCCGAGGUUCUACUAAGAGUGGAUAACAUUAUCCGUGCGAAACCAAGGACCGCAAACCGUUCCAACAUGUAA